AUGGUACACCAUCAGGAAACAGUGGGAGCCUGGUACACCAUCAAUAAACAGUGGGACCCUGGCACAGCAUCAGGAAACAGUGGGACCCUGGUCCAUCAUCUACUGUCCACAGAAGUAUGUUCAGAAGUGGCCUUUAUCCCAGCUGCUCUUCCGCUCGUCUACAGUCCUGCUGCUCUGUCGCUGGUCCCUAGUCCUGCUGCUCUGUCGCCGGUCUCCAGCCCAGCUGCUCUUCCGCUCGUCUACAGUCCUGCUGCUCUGUCGCUGGUCCCUAGUCCUGCUGCUCUGUCGCCGGUCUCCAGCCCAGCUGCUCUUCCGCUCGUCUACAGUCCUGCUGCUCUGUCGCUGGUCCCUAGUCCUGCUGCUCUGUCGCCGGUCUCCAGCCCAGCUGCUCUUCCGCUCGUCUACAGUCCUGCUGCUCUGUCGCUGGUCCCUAGUCCUGCUGCUCUGUCGCCGGUCUCCAGCCCAGCUGCUCUUCCGCUCGUCUACAGUCCUGCUGCUCUGUCGCUGGUCCCUAGUCCUGCUGCUCUGUCGCCGGUCUCCAGCCCAGCUGCUCUUCCGCUCGUCUACAGUCCUGCUGCUCUGUCGCUGGUCCCUAGUCCUGCUGCUCUGUCGCCGGUCUCCAGCCCAGCUGCUCUUCCGCUCGUCUACAGUCCUGCUGCUCUGUCGCUGGUCCCUAGUCCUGCUGCUCUGUCGCCGGUCUCCAGCCCAGCUGCUCUUCCGCUCGUCUACAGUCCUGCUGCUCUCCCAGCUGCUCUUCCGCUCGUCUACAGUCCUGCUGCUCUGUCGCUGGUCCCUAGUCCUGCUGCUCUGUCGCCGGUCUCCAGCCCAGCUGCUCUUCCGCUCGUCUACAGUCCUGCUGCUCUGUCGCUGGUCCCUAGUCCUGCUGCUCUGUCGCCGGUCUCCAGCCCAGCUUCUCUUUCGCUCGUCUAUAGUCCUGCUGCUCUGUCGCUGGUCCCCAGUCCUGCUGCUCUGUCGCUGGUCCCUAGUCCUGCUGCUCUUUCGCCAGUCUCCAGCCCAGCUGCUCUGUCGCCGGUCCAUAGUCCUGCUGCUCUGUCACUGGUCUCCAGCCCAGCUGCUCUGUCGCUGGUCCAUAAUCCUACAGCUCUUUCGCUGGUCCCUAGUCCUGCUGCUCUUUCAUCAGUCUCCAGCCCAGCUGCUCUGUCGCCGGUCCAUAGUCCUGCUGCUCUGUCACCGGUCUCCAGCCCAGCUGCUCUUUCGCUUGUCCAUAGUCCUGCUGCUCUGUCGUUGGUCCCCAGUCCUGGUGCUCUGUCGCCGGUCCCUAGUCCUGCUGCUCUGUCACUGGCCUCCAGCCCAGCUGCUCUGUCACCGGCCCGUAGUCCUACUGCUCUGUCGCAGGUCUCCAAGCAACCCCCGAUUUUUUUGAGACCAGAUAUGUCAUUUUAA